GGAAGUUUUUCUUCUGCCUCUGCAGUUGACCAGCCAAACCUUUCAACAGUAUUUAUACCACCUCCCUGCUUCUCCUAAUGUCAUUACUAUCUCAGUAGUCAGUACUUUCUUCUCAGCUCUUGACCCCUCCAGCUGUUUAACAAUGGCUUCCAAAACCAUGCUCCUUCUCUUUGCAACUGUUCUCCUUUUCACUGCUAGGGCUUCAUCACUUGACGAUCAUGAGGAACUCAAGAUUAAGGUUACUUAUGUCAAGGCACCAGCUCCACAACCUCUAGUCAAGGCUCCAGCUCCGCCGCCUCUUGUAGUCAAGGCACCCAGUCCACCACUUUCCAAGCCACCGUCUCCACCACUUGCCAAGCCACCAUCUCCACCAUAUACCAAGCCACCAACUCCUGUCAGGCCCCCAGUGAAGCCACCAACUCCUGUCAGUCCCCCAGUGAUGCCACCCACUUAUCCACCACUUCCUCCGGUUAGGUCCAAAGCAGAUUGCAUCCCAUUGUGUGACAAGAGGUGCAUGUUGCAUUCAAGGAAGAGGGUGUGCAUGAGAGCUUGCAUGACGUGCUGCGACCGCUGCCGCUGCGUUCCUCCGGGAACAUUCGGCAACCAGGAAAGAUGCGGCAAGUGCUACACCGAUAUGGUCACCCAUGGCAACAGAACCAAAUGCCCUUGAAUUUAAAUAAACCCUGGUUUAUAUAUUCAAUCAUAUUUUUAGAGUUAAUUAAGGUCAAUUAGCAAGGUGUUUGAUUAGGUAAUAUUCAAUAUUUAAGCAUUGUCUGUAAUAAGUAUGAGAGGGUGGGAGGAAACUAACUGAUUUUCUUCCUUUGUCCUUUCUCGUUUCUACUGCUUACUGCAUGUGUAUUGAAUGGGAUAAUUAUUAAUUAGUGCUUGUGUGGCCCUUGAGAUUUAAAUUAGAUAGUAUGUAUUCAAUUUCAAUUGUCAUGUAGCAGAUGAUAUUCAUUAUAUCAAUGUUUUUUUUUAUU